AAUCGUUAAAUGGUAAUUACAUGAUGUUUGGUGUGAAGUUGUGUUCUCCUGGCCUGAUACAUUUUGCCUAGUGCAGAGUUGUGUGUAGAUAGUCUAUAUCAAUACAAGAUUCACUCGACUCAUAUGCAUGAUUUACUGAAGCAGUAAAAUGAUAGCUUCUCAGGCACUUUUUAACAGCUACUUGCAGGGAAAAGAGAUCUGCAGUAAAGACCCUGUGCAAAGGACUGAAGAAGAGUUGAUAAUAUUAGAACAAUGGCUUCUUGAAAGAUCAAGCCUGUUUAAAACCACAACGAAAGAUGGUUUCCGCAAAGUUUGCAAGCACGCGUCACUUACAGUGUUCAAACAAGACCAGGUGAUAUAUCAGCAAGAGGAUGUUGUAGUGUGCUUCUUUGUUAUCCUGAGAGGCUCGGUGUCAUUAAUGUCUGAUUCGAAGUUUCCAGCUAAAACAUGUGCACAAUCGAAUCAGAUGAUCCUAUCCACAGGAAAAGUGGCAGCAGAUCGCAAGAUUGUUGCUGCAAGCUUGGGUGCAGAAGUAGAAGUGCUAAGGCCAGGGAAUUAUUUUGGUCAGGAGGGUCUGUUGCAAAGAGAUGAUGUAACAUCUUUUUCCGCCAUAGCAACGGAAUACACUGAGCUUUUAACGAUUGAAGGUUACCUUUUUGAAGAGGUUUUUCUGGCUUUUUUUGAAUCCGACUUGUACAACAAAGCUCUCUACUUUGCUAAUCUUGAUCUCUUCUCAAAGUGGUCCCCCUAUCUUCUUCGACAGCUAGCUCUUUCUGCGAAAGAGGUCGAUUUUGAAAAUGGUGAAUGCCUAUUCAGGCAGGGAACAAAACUGUCACAUGUGCUCGUUAUAAAAUCAGGCUCAGUCAAAUUGUCUGCUGGGAGCAUUUCUAAGCCCCCUAGAGAGCUGCUAGAGCAAAUUGUUCCACCAAAAGAUUAUCUAUCUGAAAUUUUAGCCGAACCCUCAAUUAGCACUAUGAAGCCAUUCAAGUCCCUGAUAAGAAGCCGUACAUAUAGUGCCUCUCGACCAGGUCUGCUGAGUGCAUCUCCUUCAACUACAAGCAAUGCCUUUCUAUCGCAGUCACGAGUCUUGCUAAGGCAUACAGUGUCUUCUCCUCAGAAAAGAAAAAGUAAAUAUUUACCUAAAGCUCCCAAAUUCCCAAAUCCCAAAAUGGGCUUUCGGCUUCAGGAACCAAGGCCACGUUCAACUUAUCAGCUGUGCUGCCUUCACCGGGGGGGAAUGCUCAACCACAUUGAGACAAUUUGUAACGUGAAGCAUUCUCUCUUCAAUGCUGUUUCAUUGUCUGACACAGUGGUGUACACAAUAGACAUCGUCACCUUAAUGCAACUCUUGGAAAAGAGGUCGAUUCAGAGCCUCCACUUACUUCUUAAGCAAAGUCUUAAACGUGUUCAAGCAUGGAAUAACAGAAAUCCAUGCAUUCUAUUGUUUAAACCACUUACGGAAGUUUUACAGCAAUCAAUGAAGCAUCUUCAAACAGGUCUUAACAGUGCACAUGGCAGAAAGCUAAAUAUGUCCGUCGUGCAUUCUCCAGAGAAACUUGCUUAUGUUGCCACAAAAAAUCUUGGGAAAAAUCUUUCUUCAAACUUUAGGGUUUGUACUGAUACAUCUCAAGAAAAAUCUACAGAUGUCGCUACAUCAACAUCAGUGAGACGGCAGUUUUUCAUUCGUCAACUAACCAGUGAAUCGCUUGAUACCAGCUAUGUUCAUGUAAGCAAAAAGCAUACUUCAUUUGAUGCUCCUCUCCCUAGAAACCAUGCUACUACCUACUGUUUUCCAGAAGUUUCGGAGGUUUCCCUUUCAACUAACUCUUCACAAACCUGUCUCGUGACUAUUGAGGAGCAUGGCUUACCAACUUGUGAAUCUGAAAUCAAAAUGCCAUUGACAAACAUUUCUCUGGCUCCAAAAACACAGCUGGGUUCAAUCUCUAAUUGUAGCAAUAUUGAAUAUCAACCUCUACAUGUUGCAGACAAUCAUUUCAAGUAUUGCAUGGUGCCUAAAAAGAAAGAACUUACUAUCGACCAACGUUGUGAUGAAACAUCACUGUUGAAUGCAAGAACUCAACAUCACUCUGGAUAUGGCUCACUACCUAAAUCAAAAGCGCCAAAAAGCAAAGAUCCCUGCAGCUCUCUUUUAGGCAUUAAUGGCCAAAGCUCUUUCAGACAUGUCCCAAGUUUACUAUCUAUGAGAUGUACAAUGAAGACCAAACUAUGCAAGGAUGUUCCUGACCAGAUAUCCCGAAGGUCAAAGAGGCAUGCUCCCAUUCCACGUCACCCACCUGUCAAUUUAACACUGACCACAAAACCAUACUACACAUGAUCGAUUGCUUUAAUAAAGAUUUGCUUAUUAUUUUGUGCAAAUGACUGCCAUUGUACUGCAUGAG